CACCUCCUGGAGCGCUCCUGGUACGCRGUCACCGAGACCUGCUUGGCCUUCACCGUCUUCCGCGACGACUUCAGCCCCCGCUUCGUGGCCCUCUUCACCCUCCUCCUCUUCCUCAAGUGCUUCCACUGGCUGGCCGAGGACCGCGUGGACUUCAUGGAGAGGAGCCCCAACAUCUCCUGGCUCUUCCACUUGCGCAUCGUCUCGCUGGUGUUCCUGCUGGGAAUCCUCGACCUCCUCUUCGUCGCGCACGCCUACCACAGCAUCCUCACGCGCGGCGCCUCCGUGCAGCUCGUCUUCGGCUUCGAGUACGCCGUGCUGCUCACCAUGGCGCUCACCGUGGCCGUCAAGUACGUCCUGCACGCGCUCGACCUGCGCCGCGACAACCCCUGGGACACCAAGGCCGUCUACAUGCUCUACACGGAGCUCCUCACGGGUUUCCUCAAGGUGCUGCUCUACGUGGCCUUCAUGACCAUCAUGAUCAAGGUGCACACGUUCCCGCUCUUCGCCAUCCGCCCCAUGUACCUGGCCAUGAGGCAGUUCAAGAAGGCCGUGACCGACGCCAUCAUGUCCCGCCGGGCCAUCCGCAACAUGAACACGCUGUAUCCGGACGCGACGCCGGAGGAGCUGCAGGCCACGGACAACGUCUGCAUCAUCUGCCGCGAGGAGAUGGUGACGGGCGCCAAGCGCCUGCCCUGCAACCACAUCUUCCACACCAGCUGCCUGCGCUCCUGGUUCCAGCGGCAGCAGACGUGUCCCACGUGCCGCAUGGACGUGCUGCGCGCUUCCCUGCCGGCGCCGGCGCCGCCGGAGCGGCCGGAGCGGCCCGAGCCGGCAGCGGGAGCGGGAAUGGGAGCGGGAAUGGGAGCGGCGCCGCAGACGCCCCCGGCGCCCGUGCCGCCCAACUCCGUCGGGAUCGGGGUUCCGGAGCCGUCGGGAUCCGGGUUCCGGGGCCGUCGGGAUCAGGUUCUGGAGCUGCAGGGAGCAGAUCCUGCAGUUGUCCUUCCCUUGAAAGGCAGCGAAUCUGGAAAUUCCAGGUCCUCGGAAUCCCAAAUCCAGGAAUUCCAGGUCCUCGGAACCCCGAAUCUGGGAAUUCCAAAUCUGGGAAUCACGUGUCCUCAGAACCCCAAAUCUGGGAAUCCCAGAUGUGCAGAUUCUAGAAUCCCUCCUUGUGGUUCCGGAAAGCCGCGUUCUCGGGAACUCCGGGGGGAUUCCGCAGCGUUUGCCCCCGCAGUUCCGCAGGGAAUGCUGCCCCCUUUUCCACCCGGGAUGUUCCCCUUCUGGCCGCCGGUGGCUCCUUUCCCACCUGCCGAAAACCCCGGAGCCGCGUCCGGAGCUGCGUCCGGAGCCGCUUCUGCCGGAGCCGCCCGUCCCGGUGAUCCCGCGUCCGAAGCCGCUCCGCCCGGAGCGAUGCCCUUCCCGCCGCCCUGGCUGGGAAUGCCGUGGCCGCCGCUCCUGGCCUUCCCGCCCAUGCCGGUGCCCCCGGCCGGCUUCGCGGGGCUCACGGCCGAGGAGCUCCGGGCGCUGGAAGGCCACGAGCGGCAGCACCUGGAAGCGCGGCUCCAAUCCCUGCACAACAUCCACACGCUCCUGGACGCCGCCAUGCUCCAGAUCAACCAGUACCUCUCCGUGCUCGCCGCGCUCGGGUCUCCUCGGCCCGCUCCGCCUCCCGCCGCCGCCUCCGGGCGGGAGCAGCCUGCGGAGGAGCCGGCUCCGCUCGGCGUUCCGGAUGAUCCCGCGCAGCCCCGUCCCGAYGCUCCCGCAGCUCCGUCAGGAGCCGAAGGCUUCGCUCCGGAUGAGGAUGCCGACGACCCGGCGCUGCUGGGAGAACCGGACGCCGCGGAGCUCCGGAGGCGCCGGCUCCGGAAACUGGGAKCGCCGCCUUCCUCCUCCUCCUCCUCCUCGCACUGA